AUGGAUACAACAACAAACAACUACUACUACCCUCCUCCUCCACCGGCCCCAUCGCCGUACAACCACGCGCCGCCGGGUCCACCAGCCCCAUCGCCGUACAACCACGCGCCGCCGGGCCCACCGGCACACGGCCACGGGCAGAAGCGAGCGGUGAUCGUCGGGAUCUCGUAUAAGAACUCGAGGAAUGAGCUGAAGGGAUGCAUUAACGAUGCCAAGUGCAUGAAGUUUAUGCUGGUCAACCGGUUCAAGUUCCCGGAAGCUUCCAUUAUCAUGCUCACCGACGAGGAAACUGAUCCGAAUAAAAUUCCGACAAAGCACAACAUUCGAAUGGCGAUGUUUUGGCUGGUCAAAGGUUGUCAGGCAGGUGACUCACUGGUGUUCCAUUUCUCUGGGCACGGUUCGCAGCAGAGGAACUACACAGGUGACGAAAUCGACGGAUUUGACGAGACACUAUUGCCUUUAGACUACGAGAAACAGGGUAUGAUUGUUGACGACGAAGUUAACGCCAUGAUAGUCAGGCCUCUCCUACCUGGAGUCAAACUCCACGCAAUCAUCGACGCCUGCCACAGUGGCACCGUCCUAGACUUAAAUUAUCUCUGUCGAAUGGACAGGAGCGGGCGUUUUGCAUGGGAAGACCAUCGGCCAAAAUCAGGGACAUGGAAAGGGACAAGCGGGGGAGAAGCGAUAUCGUUUAGUGGUUGUGAUGAUGAUCAGACUUCUGCCGAUACAAAUGCUCUAUCUAAGGUGACUUCAACGGGAGCGAUGACAUUUGCGUUCAUCCAAGCAAUGGAAAAAGGACAAGGAAAUACUUACGGGAGUAUCUUAACAGCAAUGAGGUCAACUAUACGCAAGACUGAUAACGAGCUAACGGGGGGAGGGGGAGGGGGAGGGGGUGUUGUGACGACACUUCUCACGAUGCUUUUGGCUGGAGGAAGUGCUGGUGUUGGUGGCGGACUCACACAGGAACCACAGCUUAGUUCUAACGAACCGUUCGAUGUCUAUGCAAAGCCGUUUUCGCUGUGAGUUGAAUGCUGAGGCGACCUUUUUUUUUUUUUUUUCUAGUUGCAACUAAGUGAAUAACAUGACCAGACUUCCGGUCUCGACUAACUUAUCUGGUUGCGCGAGUACCCCCAAUAUGUUCGUUCUUGUUUUCUUUAUUCGUUGGCAUAUUACGUGCCCUGUCUAUCACUAUAACAGAACUUUUAAUUUUUCCCGGAAAAUCGGCAUAUAAUAUUAUUGUGGACAUUG